AAUACUUGGCGAUCCGUGUGGAACUUGCUUCAUGUACUUUUAUUUAUUUACAUUCAGUUGUACGAUACAUCGACCUAGACAACGAACACAUUUGUAUAGAAAGACUCAAUUGUGGUUAUUCGCAACCUAAGUAGCAUGUUACGAACGACGGGAUCGACUUAUACUCUGUACACUUUCGAACAUUGUCUCGGAUAAUGAUAACAAUAACGAUAUCCCAAAGAAAAGAUGGAAUUUCUAUAACUCUGUUUUGAUUCAAUAAUAAUUGAUACGCGUAAUCUUGCUCGAGAAGAAAACCGAAGCGCUACCGUAGCGAUCAAAGCGUGUACAUAGAAGCGAAUUUGAUCGGUCAGUCAAAUUUACAAUGAGUGAGUCCGACGAUUCAGAUAUCUUGGCGGAUAUAAAGGCCUUGGAUGAUGCCUUGAUGUUGGAGGCCAACGACAAGACUGAUGAUUUGUGGCACGAUUCUCACGACGACAGCAGUUUAUCUAUGAACGGUGAAUCCGAGGAUUCACAGAGUGAAAACGAGUACUAUAUCCAAUCGCGUACUGAGUUUAUGAAUGCCUACGAGGUCAAUAAGAAACUGCUGAAAGGCCUGAUGAUGGCUAAGAAGAAAGUGAGCGUUCUUCUGCAACAAUGCGAGGAGAAGCUGGAAGAGUUGAGCGAGGAAAUUGAAGCGGGCAAGGACGGGAGGACGUUGAACGAACGUGCGAGAUACUCCAUAGUCGGCAUGCCGUAUUUCAAGGAUAAACGUGGCUUCCAAGUCCCGAAGAACCCCGACACGAGGUUGAAGGAGGCACGGGGGGAAUUGUCUGUGAUACAUUUAAGAAAGCCGUGUCGCUGGUCCGGUAAGGACAGGACGACGCUUUUAAACGGCAUAUGCGACGAAGUUUUCCAGUCGUUGUCGAUAUCGGGCCCUUCUUUCGCGGGGACUGACCGAGCGUCUGAUAGAAGGAACAGUUCUCCCGCCGAAACGACGGCCAACAAGGAGCCUGAUGAAAGCGGCAACGCCGCGGAUAGUUCAGCCGAGAGGACACUCGAGAUUCCCAUUAAUUUCAACGAGAUGGUAGGGCCGAUAGGCGAGCGGGAGUUUGAUUGGAUGAAGAUAGCCACACAGUAUUUCGAGAACAAACAUUCGGCGAGCGAGUGCCGGUCCAUGUGGAACGUCUACUUGCACCCUGACAUCAAGAAGAGCGACUGGACCGCCAGGGAGGAUAAAGAACUGCUGAGGCGUGCGAGAGAGUGCAAUUAUCAAGAUUGGAACGGCAUCGCGACGAAGCUCGAUACGAAGCGCAGCGCGUACCAGUGCUUCAUUCGAUUCAACACCAUCCACAAUUUGCCGGUCAGGGGACGCAACUGGAGCAAACUGGAGGACAGUCAUCUGCAGCUGGUGAUAAAUAGACUCCAGAUCGGGAACUACAUACCCUGGGCCGAGGUGGCGACUUACAUGGACAACAGGACGAAGCAGCAGGUUUACACUCGGUGGAUGUACAGGAAGGCGCCGCACUUGGCGAAGGGUAGAUUCACGUAUUUCGAGACGCAGACCCUCCUGAAGGCGGUGAAUCGAUACGGCACGAACUUCGGCAAGAUCUCACGCUGCGUGAUGCCGCACCGGACCUCGGUCCAGCUCAACGGCCAUUAUCACACGAUACUGUGCAAUAAGAGGAACACGUGGGCGUACGAGGAUGACGUGAAACUGAUCAAGCUGUACAAGAAGUACCGUAACGAUUGGGUCGAGAUAGCGAAGAAUUUUAGCCACAAAACGAGGACGCAGGUGAGACAGCGGUACAGAUCGUUGCAAAGGUUUGUAAACAGGGGUUACAAUAUCUUCUCUAUACCUCGGCCCUAUCGGCCGACGUUGCUCAACAGUAGAAACACCGGCGCGUCAUCGUCGGCAUCAACGUCGUCCAACAGCGUCGAGCCUAACGCGAACACGUCGCGAUGCAACAUUUCAAGCGGCACGGUUCGAGCAAGACUGUUCGAGAACCUGAAUUAUCCGCCUACCGCGGCGAGCACCAGCUCGCAAGAGCUUUACGACGCUAAAGAACUCGCGCGUAACGCCAAAGAGUUGCACGACGUGUUGAAACUGCUGGACGCUAAUCUCGAUAUCUCGAAUCACUUCUUCGAUUACGCGCACCUGAGCAAAAAGGAGAGGCAGCUCUUUACCUCCCUGAAAAAAUACACGGACACGCGUGAUCGCGUGAGCAGCGACGAGCGCGACAAGAUAAUCGAGGAAUUCAGGUGUCGGAUGUUCGGCCCGGAGACGGAAGUUACCCCUCAUUUCGUACCGCCGCUUCCAUUUAACGGGUACGUCAAGAGGAAGAAGAAAUACACGACAAAUUCGAUAAAUUAUAAUUCCGAUUGCAGCGAGAAAUUCCUCAUAGACGUGCCCGCGGACAUGGUAACCCCUUGUAACGUUAAUUCCUGCCUCGUCAGCGUCGAGGAAGAGAUGCAGUUUCACAAACUCAGCCAGCUCUUAAUCGACGAUAGUUACGGACGGGAUAUUAAUUCAUACGCACCGUUGAAAUACAAUCCCUCUCUUACUGAGGUAAGAACUCGAGCCUCCUUGAGGCUCAGUCCGGACGCGGGGAUAAAAGUGGAGAAUUGCGGAACAGCAGCGGCACAAUCGUACGAGACGCGGGAAAGCACGAACGCCGAAUGUGCGAACGAAAACGACGCAGAGAUGGACACGUCGGAUGCAAUCGCACCGUGCCAUGAGACCCUGUUAGGUCUGAAAAACUUGUUUUACUGGAAAAUGCUGUUCGAAUAUGAAAGGAAUAAAUUUUGCCCGACAUCGAGAAAUGGCGCGCAACAAGCGAAGAGUCCCGAACAUGAAAGGGCGUAUCAGAUACUGAAGGUGCGUCUGAUGCGUUUGUUUAAAUUACCCCUGGCUCUGUCACGUGUUAUGAUAAAUGUGUCCAAAGAAUUGAUAUUCCUAACGGAGGAAUCGAUGAUGAAAUCGUCUGAGAAACGAGCUAGAAAGAAAAAGACGAUAUUUGCGAAUAGCAGUGUCACGUAGAAUUCAUGUGGGAAGGUAUGAUCACAGGACUCUGUGAUAUAGGGAAAUCGUAAAUCUCACAGCGCGAAGCUGAAGAGGGAUCUUGAGGGAGGACGAAUUUGCGAAGUGACGGGUUCAUUUUCUUGAUCAUUGUUCACGCGGCAGGUGUAAAAUCUGUGUCUUGCUUAAUCUUAAAACGAAUGGAAAUGUUUUGUUUAAAUAACACGUGAGAGUAUUUAUGUUAAUGGCAUGUAUUUAAAGUGAUACAAGUAACACGAUAUAACUAAUUAAAAAUUGUUAUUUAGGAAGCACGAAAAUUCUUUUUUUAUUACUCACAUUCUCGAGUGUGUUACAUUUUCUUUAUAUCGAAGUAGGCGGUUGUAGGACCGACUUUGUUUAAUACAAAUAUAUAGUUUUCUGAAAAUAAUUCAUAAUGUAUUAUGUAUAAUUGUGAUAAUUUGAAUAUUAUAUUGAAAUAUAUAUAUAUAUAUAUAUAUAUAUGUAUAUAAAUGUAUAUAUGUACAAACACACAUAUGUUACAAACAUGUACUUAGAGGGAGUAAAUAGAAUAUAUAUAUUGCAAUUACCAAGUUUGUGUUGGAAGGCCGUAAGAAUAAAGCAGUUUAUUAACGAGAAAUUUAGUUUCCUAGUUACUGACUAAAUGUAAGAAAACAUAGAAUAUCGACCAUUUACGCGAGAAAAUAUACUUUGUAUAUUGAAAUUCGCGUUUUUUUUUCUCUCUCUCUCUCUCUCUUUCCCUCAUUUACUUUUUAUUAUAAAUAAAUACACUCUCUACCUUUCACUUCGAUAUAAAUUUUUUAUAUUAACUGAAAAUAGCAAAACUAACCAUAUUAAAUAACGCAACAGUGACGUUUAUGAAAUGAGAGUUAUGAUAAUUUUAAGAUGAUGAAUCCUACAAAUAAUAUACACGCCCUCUGCAAUCACUGUUAUAAAAGCUUAUAAUGCAGAUAAUCUUACUAAUAUAAAGAAGACGCAAUAAAAUGCAUUCGGAAAAUGUCGCUCAUUGGAAGAUGAGCGAUACAGUCACGUUCGUUUCACUGAAUUCAUCAUUUAAUGAUUUUUUUUUAUACAAAACAACGCAUAUCGCUUCCUUAUCUGUCUGAAUUCAGACCGACUUCAAUGGAGACUUACUGCAUGCAUAAUGCAUUAUCAUACGUGUUUCAUUAUUAUAUAUCCAUAAUGG